CUUGGGCAUUCAACAAGAGCAGGAGCGCGCCGCCACCAUGUCCGUGUACGAUGAGAUUGAGAUUGAAGACAUGGAGUAUAACGAGAAGGAGCAGCUAUAUACGUACCCGUGCCCCUGUGGAGACAACUUCUUCAUCACAUUGCAGGACCUCUACGAUGGCGACGACAUUGGCUCGUGUCCCAGCUGCUCGUUGACCAUCCGCGUCAUCUUCGACGAAGACAAUCUCCCAGAGCUCCGCGACGACGACGAGGACGACGAUGAAGUCGUGGACGAUUUGGUUAAAGCGACUGAGGAACAGCUUACUGUCACCGCGGUUCUCCCAUGAUUUGAGCUAACUCAGUCGAACAAGGUCCUUGUAUUUAUCAACUCAA